AUGGAAAGAAUGAGUAUUUCUAUUAAUAUCUAUGAUUUAUUGCCUGAAGGGACUAUUUCUAAUAUUGCAUGGAUGCUGGGUAUUGGGAUUUAUCAUAGUGGAUUAGUUAUUGGGGAUAAAGAGUAUGCGUAUGGGGGACAUUCAUUGGAGAAUGUAUCAGGUAUUUAUACAACGGUGCCUAGAACAAUACCACCAGGAGGUCGAUUUCGAACAUCGAUUAAAUAUGGAUCUAUUAUAAUUAUGCCUGAUGAAGUGGAGGAAAUUAUUUGUGAUAUAGGAAAGGAGUUUCAGGGACUUUCUUAUAAUCUUCUUACUAGCAGAAAUUGUAACCAUUUUACAUCACAUCUUUUAUACCGUCUUACAUCAUUAUCUACACCGAAAUGGUUAAAUCGUGCUGCUGCAAUUGGCGUUGCAUUUCCCUAUAUGGUUCCUAGUGGAUGGAUUGAGCCUCCAACUGUAGAAAACGAUUCUGAAGCUGAACUUUUUGAUUCUACAAUAUUACCUAUAAAAAACAUUUCAAAGCGCUUAUAA